CAUAUAUAUGAACAGCAAGAUUAUGUUCAGAAUGCAAACUGUAUUCCGCAUCAAAUUCUACUUCCAAAAUAGAAAGAAAAAGAAGCUCCACAGAAAUAAAGGAAAAAAAUGGGUAGUUUUGAAGAGGAGAAUCUGUAUCAGAUGGUUAAUGAUUUUCAUGAAUCAGAAUCAAUACCACCCCUCUUAUCUUCUGCCCCACAAAGCUUUACUCUCAGUGGUCAUCAUACUAAAUAUUAUGUCUUGCAGGAGAUACUUGAAAGUGGGAAUAGUGCAGAAACUGAUGUUCUUGAGAGUGUGAUGAAGCAUAUGAGAAAGAAAAUUGAUGGUGAAAGGAGCACUACUGCACUGAAGAAGUGGCUGGUCAAGAAGUUGAGAAUUGAUGGCCAUAAAGCAGCUCUAUGUCACACCACUUGGCCUACUACUUUGAAUUGUCUUGGUGGUGAUUAUGAAUACAUAGAAAUUAUAUCAGAAGAUAAAAAUGGGUGUGCAUUGAGGGUAAUAGUAGAUACAGAUUUCAAGUCACAGUUUGAAUUGGCAAGACCCACAUCAACUUUCAAAGAUCUCUCCAAUUUGAUGCCAUCAAUCUUCGUCGGGACGGAACAAAAGCUGAAGAAAAUUAUUAGCCUUCUUUGUGCAGAAGCCACGAAUUCAUUUCUUGAAAGAGGUCUCCAUGUACCUCCAUGGAGGACAAGCACUUACAUGCAGUCCAAAUGGUUUUCUGCCUGUCAAAAAGGGGUAUAAUUUCCCAGCAAAAAAAAAAAAAAAAA